AGCCGAAGAUGUCGGCUCGGUCAUGUGAUCAGCUGUGUCCAAUCACAUCUGAUCACAUGGGACAUGUACACUGAUCAUCAGGGCACUGAUGAUCAGUGUGCCCUGAUGAUCAGUGUGGCCCCAGAAGUGCCACCUGUCAGUGUCCAUCAGUGCCAGUUGUCAGUGCUGAACAGUGCCAUUGCCCAUCAGUGCCACAUAUCAGUGCCUACCAAUGCACAUCAAUGCCACAUACCAGUGCCCAUCUGAGCUGCCUUUCAGUGUCACCCAUCAGUGCCAGUCAGUGCCACCUAUCAAUGCAAAUCAGUGCCACCUAUCAGUGCUGCCAAUCAGUGCCACCUAUCAGUGCCAGUCAGUGCCGCCUAUCAGUGUGCAUCAGUGCCAGUCAGUGA